UCUGAAUUUCCCUAGAUAUGAGUUGGGUUGAUUGUACAAUAAUACAGUGACAAUACUGAAACUAUUCUGUCUGCAAAUGUGAAUGAUCUUUUACUUCCCUAUAGUUUUGCCUCCAUAAUAAACAAUAGUAGGUCACAUUUCAGAGGGUUAUCUGUGGUAGUCUGUACCAGCAAAAACAAUGAGGAGUCUGGUGGCAACUUAAAGUCUAACAGAUUGAUUUAGGCAUCAGCUUUCUGGGUGAAGAGUAGCAGGGCAGUGGCUUUUUACGCAUAUGAGGUCUUGGGAGCAGCAGGAAGAAUCCAAAUGGGGUGUAAAUCCUCUGUUUUCAUUGCAGGGCAACCAGGAUGGUUUCCUGUUUUGUCUCACUUCGUUUGGGUUGGUGCUGUGGGACCCUCCCAAGAUGGCGUACGAAUGUCCAGCACAGAACCGUGGCAACAUGGACUAGUGCUACCGCUCAGUGGGGGCUUCAGCAGAAGAAACUAGCCGAGCUCUACUGCCCACCGGUGUCCCAGCCACCCCCCCGAUGGGGCAGCAGUCUGCUGGGCAAGAGAGCGUUCUCUACGACCUCUGCCAGCCCCCAGGAAGUGAUGCUGACGAGCGAGCGGUAUGGUGUGCAGCGCCUGCCCUUCUCUCACCUUUCGGAUGGUGAUUUUGCUUUUUUUGAGAGCCUUUUACCAGGCAGAGUUGUCACCGACCCGGACGAAUUGCGGACGUUUAACGUGGACUGGCUGCAGUCCAUGCGGGGCUGCAGUAAGAUGUUGCUGAGGCCGCAGACAGCAGCAGAGGUCUCUGAGGUUCUCAGGUAUUGUAACCAGAGGAACUUGGCAGUAACCCCCCAGGGAGGGAACACUGGCCUCGUGGGGGGCAGCGUUCCCGUCUUUGAUGAGAUCAUUCUCUCCACAGCUCUGAUGAACCAGGUCAUCAGCUUUGACAAGGUGUCUGGGAUCCUUGUUUGCCAGGCUGGCUGCAUCCUAGAGAGCCUGAACCAGUAUCUCGCGGAGCUGGACUUUAUCAUGCCACUUGACCUUGGAGCAAAGGGCAGCUGCCACAUCGGUGGGAAUGUGGCCACAAAUGCAGGAGGCCUGAGGCUGUUGAGGUACGGCUCUCUCCGAGGGACCGUUCUGGGACUGGAAGUGGUCCUGGCUGAUGGCUCCCUUCUGAACUGCUUGGCUUCUCUGCGCAAGGAUAACACUGGCUAUGAUUUGAAGCAGCUUUUCAUUGGCUCAGAGGGGACGCUGGGGGUCAUUACAGCUGUCUCCAUCCUCUGUCCGCGGAAACCCAAGUCUGUGAAUCUGGCCUUCCUAGGCUGCCAGAGUUUCAGUCAGGUCCUUGGAACGUUCACCGCCUGCAAGGGCAUGCUGGGAGAGAUCCUGUCUGCCUGUGAAUUCAUGGACGACCUGUGCAUGACGCUGGUUGAGAGCCACCUCACGCUGUCCAGACCAGUGACAGGAAGCCCCUUUUACAUUUUAAUUGAAACCUCAGGCUCCAAUUCUGCCCAUGAUGAAGAAAAACUGAACCACUUCUUGGAACAUGUCAUGGCCUCGGGAUUGGUGACAGACGGGACUGUGGCCACAGAGGAUAAGAAAAUAAAGGCGCUGUGGUCUCUGAGGGAGCGCAUCACCGAGGCCCUAACUCACGACGGCUGCGUGUACAAGUACGACCUCUCCCUGCCUGUGGAGAGACUGUAUGACCUCGUGACUGAUACCCGGGCGCGACUGGGCGCGGCUGCCAAGAGAGUGGUUGGCUAUGGCCAUCUAGGAGAUGGGAACCUGCACUUGAACGUCACAGCCGAGUCCGACAGCCGUUCCCUGCGGGAUGCCAUUGAGCCAUUCGUGUACGAGUGGACCGCCCGGCACCACGGCAGCAUCAGUGCGGAGCACGGGCUGGGCUUCAGGAAGAAGCAGCACAUUGAGUACAGUAAGCCCCGGGGAGCAGUCCUCCUGAUGCAGCAGCUCAAAGCCAUGCUGGACACCAAAGGGAUUCUGAACCCUUACAAGACCCUGCCGGCUGCUCCCUGAGGGCCGGCGCUUGCG